ACACAGACAGUUGCCCGAGGGUGGAAUCGAACCUGGGUCCCUGGUGCUGUGAGGCAGUGGUGCUAACCACUGAGCCACGAUGCUGCCCCAAAAUGUGGCAUUACGUGACUGGCAAAUAUUUGUGGUCAGCAAAAGCUAGUCACACUAUCGAGAGCCUAAUGGCAAAGAUUGGGAAGAGGGAAAACUCUGUGCACAGAUUAUUUUGCUCUGAAUUGGAGAUGAGUCCAAGAGUAAUAUCUGGUUCUUGCCCUAGGAGUCGAUUUAAGGCUGCUGUUGGCAUUCUGUCUGGUGUUGCCACAUGUCUUGCGUUUGUGAAACCAGCAAUCAACAACAUCUCAUUGAUGACAUUAGGAGUUCCCUGUAUAGCUCUUCUUGUGGCUGAGUUAAGAAGGUGUGAAAAUAUCCGUGUUUACAAGCUGGGUCUCUUGGCAGGUUUUUGGUGGGCUCUCGCUAUACUGUGCUGGAUUAGUGACAACCUUUUCUGUGAACUCUGGUCUGCAUUCAACUUUCCGUACCUACAUUGUGCCUGGCAUAUCCUGAUCUGUUUGGCUGCUUAUCUGGGUUGUGUCUGUUUUGCUUACUUUGAUGCUGUCUCAGAAAUCCCGGAACAAGGCCCAGUCAUCAAGUUUUGGCCUAGCGAGAAGUGGGCCUUCAUUGGUGUUCCGUACGUUUCAUUCCUUUUCGCAGAAAACAAGUCUCAGCUAAAAGUGACCUAAGGGAAUCAGUGACAGAUUCGGCAGCACGUUAUUUUGAAUGCAAGGCUAUGGAAAACUCUAUUGUGUCAGACUGCAUGUCUCUCAGGUUGUGUACUUUGCACCUUAGAUCAAAUUUAUCAUUCUGCUCAUGAAACUAACACCUUCUCAGGGGACCAUACUUUAAACAGGUCGAAACAAACUGUUUAUGAGAGGGUGAAAGUGCUUCUACAACGAAGUGGAAAUUGUAGCAGAGUUACGCCUCUAUUUUUAAAGAAAACAUUUCAGAAAACACUGUGAAUGAAAUAUCUGAAAGUUCAAUUGAUUUCUGUAUUUACUUUUUUAGUGCAGCCCUCAAAACUUCAUUUCUAAAAAAAAAUGGAUGGAAAUCUGUGCAUACUGUGAAAACUUGAAGAAAAAUCCACCUCCCAAAAGGAUUAUUUAAUGAAAUUUAAUGUGUGUUUUGAGAAAAUAAAAAAGCAAUUUGCUGCCACAGUUGACAUCAGGAGGUAAUCUUUUGAUGGUCCCUUAACAAUUUUUAAGGAGGAAGAUGAUUUUUUAAAUAUUGUUUGAAACCUAUUUACACCAAAGUCAGUGUCCAAAGCCAUAGUCCUCACCUUCCUCUGUAUGGCACUGAGUCCUGGACCUUUGCCAUUGAUAUCUACGCCUUCUGGAAAGAUUCCACCAGUGUUCCUUCCACAAUAGCAUCCUCAUGAAUCACUGGCAGGAUCCCAUCACAAACAUUGAGGUCCUGGGACCAGCCAACAUCACCAGCAUCAAGGACAUGCUCCCACCAAGCCCAGUUGGGUUGGAUGAUUGAUGCUGGCUAGUGGAUGAUAGUCACCUGCCAAAGACCAUGUUGUACGAAAAGCUGAAUCGAAUGGUGGGUGGUGUCCCAUGUAAUAAUUUGAAGCACUCCCUGGAGAAGUUCCUCACAUUGACCAUUGCUUUUUUGGGAUGCACACGCCACAGGUCACGAUGUCUGGAGAUGCUACAUCAGUAGAGCUACAGAUGCUUUUGAGAUUGAAUGAUGAGCCAAUAUAAUAAGCAAAAGGAGGAGAGGCAUAGAUCCAAUUGUCCCAGUAGUGACUGCGCCUUCACUUGCACUUACUUGGAGACAUUGUUGGUCUCAAAUAGGCCUUACUCGCCACCAACAAGUCUACAACUAAUGAGUACAACCUUCCUAAAAUCGUCAUCCAUGAAAGAAUGCCAAAAUUUACAAUGUAAUGUGAAGACUUUACUACUUCUAAAGAAUUAAUGUCCUGACUAGUUAAUGUUUGUAUUUAAAAUUUACAAUAUGCUGUAUAAAAUAAUAGAUUGUACAAAUAUCACAUAUGCUACAGAAGAAGCUUAGCAUUUGGGGUAUAUUUUUCUUUCACCUUCAGAAUACAGAGCUGCAGUGUCUUUUAUUUGAAUAAAAAUAAGAUCGGGGCUUUGAUACACCUGUUCAAAGCUGAUUUAAGAGUUUAAAAGCAUGGUGGAGAUGUUAAAUAAAAACCAAAAGAACUGCGGAUGCUGUAAAUCAGGAACAAAAACAAAGUUGCUGGAAAAACUCAGCAGGUCUGGCAGCAUCUGUGAAGGAAAAAACAGAGUUAACAUUUCGGGUCUGAUGACCCUUCCUCGGAACUGGGGAAGGGUCACCGGACCUGAAACGUUAACUGUGUUUUUUCCUUAACAGAUUCUGCCAGACCUGCUGAACUUUUCCAGCAACUUUGUUUUUAUUGUUGAUGGUGGAAAUGUUAACUGUUAUCACCAAGUGAAUACAAUUAAAAUUGUUCCCAGCAUUGCCCCCUCUGUCUUAUCCUUGGAAUAAAAGUCUGAAUAAGAUAGUGAAUUAACUUCGUUUUGUAACCAGGGAGCUCAGUGAUUGGAUUUGGCUCUGUUAAAGUCUCAACCUACCAUCACUGAGCAGUUACCGCACAGCAUGCAGGAUAACAUACCUUUUAAAAAAAGGAGCACUUUUUGUGUGCGUUGGCUCAAUCUCUGAACCAAGUAUACAUCAAAUUUUAGUUAAUCUUUAACAUUUAAAAUCUGCUCAACACAGCCCACUUUCCAAUCUAAACUUCAGUUAUUGCAAUUGCCUGACCAUUAAAAGCUGCAAAGUAUUAAUAAUGACUAACAUCCAGUUCUGACAAAUUACAAAUGGUGAAUUGGAAAGUUAGAUACAUGUUGACAGAAUAGCACAUUCCAAUCUUGCAUUUAGAAUAGAAGGAAAUACUUUUAAAUAUAUUGUCGUACAUCUACUGUCAGAUACAAACUUGUUGGCAUUCCAAUCUUUGAUGAUAUGAACAAACCAUUUAUUUUAAAAGAAAAGAAAGUUUUGCAUUUAUCUAGCAUCUUUCAUGAUCAAAGGAUAUCCCAAAGUACUUCACAUUUGGUGAAAUAUUUUUGAAGUUUCGUCACUGUUGUAAUGUAGCGAUCAGGACGGUCAGUCUGCCCAUAAAAUUCAAGCGUCUCAGUUCUAUUUCUUAUUCACUGGUUUGAUCUCUUUGUACUUUGUGCAGUUUGAGGAAGGGAUUACCUAAUACUGUUUCAUCACUGGUAAAUACAUCCUAAAUCGGAGCUUCGAGUAUCAGUGUCAGAAAAUUGAGGUAGAUGCAAAUGAGUGGUGACAAGAUUUAAAUUUCACAUUUAAACCUACAGCCCCUUGCUAUGUGUGUCCGUGGAUAGAAUCUUUAGGUCCGUAUUCAGAGACAUAGAGUGGCAAAUUAAACAUCUCUAAGAUUUGGUAAGGUUCAGCUGGAGAUGAGCUCAGUUUGCCCAUUAUGGGUAUAAUAUUGGAAAAGAUGUAGCAUGGAUUUCCUAGGCUGCUAUCAGGGAAAAGGGGUCAGAGGUCAUGAUCAAAAACUUGAGAAAUUAGAAAUGUUUUCACUUGAUGGGUACAUAACUGCAUUUCUUUUGUAGAAACGUAACCAUUAAGUAUCUACUACCUGAGGCUACUUUGUAUCAUUUAUGGGUCUGUCCUAUAAAUUUGUGAUGAUAUUUCAAGGUGUUGCAGUUUUAGUUAGUUCCUUUCUCUCUGCUGUAUAAAUUAUCCACAAUAAUGUCAGUUGAAACAAUGGCCUCCAUCAUUAAGCUGAUAAGCUGCUUUGAUAUAAACAUUAUUUCAGGAACAGCAUUCUUGCACUUAAAAUAUUAUUUUUCCAAGUUUUUGAAAUUAUCAGCCAUAUUUGGUGAUAAAGUAUAUUUUGCUUUUCAGAAAUCAUUAUUUAUAAAGCAUAUGAUGCAAAUACUUAUUUCAUUAUGAAUCAUGAGUUGCUUUAGGAUUUGUAACUAGUAAUUUAAUUUUGAAUGGAAAUAAACAUUAAUUGGAUUUAUAGUAAGCAUAAUUUUAACUAAUGCGCUAAAGUCCAUUUAGAAUUAAUUCUGUAUGUGUAUUUUUAUAUGUCCACUUUAAAAAUGAUUGGAAUAGAAUGCUUGGUGAUGAAUGAAAUCUUGGUUAACUUAAAAAUUUUUUGAAACAAAUUUGUUUCAUUUUUGGCUCCUUAAAAUUGCUAUAAUAGAUAAAACAGUAGGAUUGCAAGCUCUGAAUCUGCAAAGUUUUCUCGUGUAGUUUUCAGGCUUCAUUUAUUUCUGCUUCUCAAGAUAUUUUAAUAGUUAUUCCCCUGCUAGACUUUACCAUGGUUCGCAACAUACUCAAAUGACAUUCCCCCAGUAUCACUCUGUUACUUGCUGCUGAGAAUUACAUGUGGGUGGUUUCCUCUGACCAGAAGUUCAUAGGUUUAUAUUCAGAUUUCCUGCUCUCAUCCAGCUUCUCCCAGUGUUGCAUCUGAAAUUAGGGAAUGGCAGUUGCAACUUAUACUGUAAAGUUUUAGGUUGCAUAAAGCUACAAAUGCACGGCACUAUCCCUCCUGUUAUGCAUUAAAAUACAGAAGCAAUAUUGCAUCUGGUAACAUACUGUACUAAAUUAUGCUACCUUCCUCUACACCAGUGCCAUAACUGUGCUAUUUAAUAUUACAACACAAUCACAUCGAGGUACAGAAUGAAACUAAUGUAUUUUCUUACAUUGACAGACCAAAAAAUGAUAGGUUGUUAUAUGCCAUGCUUUGUUGUGACCACGUAGAUGCUGCUAAAGUUUAAAAUGGAUUAUUUCAGGUCUCCUUAAUCUUUUUCAAGGAAAUAAUGAUGAAUUAAUAUGGAAAUCUGCAUUCAUGUACUUUAUAAAGAAAAUGGAAGACCUAAAUAAGAGCUUCUACUUGUAAAUAUACUCAUCUUUUUAACUUGUUUUGUUACUGACUAAAAGUUAUACAUUUUUAUCUAAAGUAAUAAAUAAAAGAUGUUUAUACUAUAAAACAAUC